GAUGAAAUGAUCACAUCCACCAUUCUCAUAAUAACUUCUCCAAAGCUUACAUUUACGGUUACUAGCAACUUUCCGAUGACGAGUCCAGCGGUUGAUCAAGAGAACAUCCCUCCUAUGGACGUAACCAACACGACGGCGACGGAGCCUGCUGCGAAGGGAGGCAAGACGAAGAAAGCCAAGGAAGUGAAGGCGAAGAAGAAGCCUACUGCUGCUGCAGCUGCGAAGAAGAAGUCUGUUUCAACUCAUCCUACUUACGAAGAGAUGAUCAAGGACGCGAUCGUGUCGUUGAAGGAGAGAACUGGAUCUAGCCAAUACGCGAUUCAGAAGUUCAUCGAGGAGAAGCACAAGGUGCUUUCGCCUUCGUUCAGGAAGCUUCUGCUUCUCAAUCUCAAGAGGCUCGUUGCUUCCGAGAAGCUCGUGAAGGUUAAAGCCUCGUUUAAGAUUCCGUCUGCUAAGCCGUCGUCAUCUCCCAAGGCGGUUACGGAGAAGAAGAAACCUGCUGCCGCAGCGGCGGUUAAACCCAAGGCGAAGGGGAAGAAGGUUACGGCCGCAGCAGCUGCGAAGAAAUCGGCGGCGGUUAAGCCCAAGCCGAAGGCGAAGACAACUGUUGCGCCCAAGAGGAAGGCUGUUGCUGCUGCUGCGAAGCCCAAGGCUAAGGCGGCUAAAACAUCGACGGUGACAUCUCCAGGGAAAAAGGCUGCUGCUGCUAAGAAGAAGGCUACUAAGGUGGCGACGAAGAAGAAGACUCCAGUGAAGAAGGCUGUGAAGCCGAAGACGGUGAAGUCUCCAGUGAAGAGGGCUUCGAAGAGGGGUGUGAAGUGAAUCUAGGGUUUUUUAGUGGUACAUGGUUGUAGCUUUCUCUAUCUGGUAGGUGGGUAGUGUUUGUAUAAUUCCAUCUUUCUUCUUGUUUUUGCUGUGAUGUUCUUGUAAUCCAUGGUUACUUGGACCAUCCUUUAAAUCAUAUAUAAAAUAGCUAAGUCCCUUUCAAAGCUU